AAUUUCUUUUUCAUUAGUGGUAAAUUUACCUUUUUCAUUUUUGAUACUGGUGUUUUGUUUUCUUUGUUAUUAGUCAAUAACUAUAAUAAUCUAGCAUUUGACAAACCCAAAGACUCUAGCUUUUAGGAUAAGAAUUCACUGUUUGACUUGGAAUAUGAUGUUCUGGAGGGCAAAAGGACUAGAAUUAUAAAUAAGAAUCACCUACCCAUAACAUCUGAGUAUAGUCCUUCAGGGAAAAAUGGAUAUUCAAUGAAAUAUGAGAGUUUCAAGCAUUCCUAAUAAAAAGAUGAAAACUAAAUAGAAAAUCUGACUUUCAAAUACAAGAUGCAAAACAAAUAUAAAAAAAUAUAAACAAGAAAGAGAAAUCAUAAGGGAUUCAAUAUUUAUAAUUGUUUAAAACUUUCUUUUUAUUAUGGUAUUUAUGAGGAGUAUACAUAGACAAAAAAAAAAAAAAGAGGUCUAAGUCAAAUGUGAUGAUAUGAUUAUCCAAAAAAUAAAGUUAAGGAAUGAGAAAGAAGAAUGCAUUGGAAUAAGGAGAAAGGUAGAAAUAGAAUGAGAUAAAAUUCUGACAUAAAAAGGACCUGAAAGAGAUUUUAUAAUGUAAGGGAAAGUGGGGGAAAUUGGAAGGGGAGCACAUGAACCUUGCUCUCAUGAGAAUUGGUUCAAAGAGGGAAUAUUACACACACUCAUUUGGAUGUAGAAAUCUAUCUGAGCAUGCAGGAAGGUAGUAAAGGAAAGGGGUAAUAGAGUGGUGGCAGAACUGAUAGAAGAGAGGAUAGAUUGGGGAAUGUAAAAGUCAGAAACAAAUGGACCAGAUGAAAAUAAAAAGAGAAUAGAAUAAUUGGCAGGGAAUAAGAUGGGGAGAAAUACAUAGUUGGUACUAAUUACUGUGAACAAAAUUUACAUUGGGUUUCUCUGAUAAAAACUUCUUUUUUCCAACAUAUAGGAGACUGAGUCAAAUUUAUAGGAAAAAAAAAAAGAGCAAUUCCCCAAUUGAUAAAUGGCCAAAGGAUAUGGACAGGCAGUUUUUAGAUGAAUUAAUAAAAAUAUCUAUAGUUAUAUGAAAUAAAUUUGCUGUCCCUAUUGAUGAUAGAAAUGCAAAUUAAAAACAAUUCUGAGCUAUUAUCUCACACCUGACAGAUUGGCUAACAUGACAGAAAAAUGAAAUGACAAAUGUUGGAGGGGAUGUGUGAAAAUUAAGACACUAAUGUACUUUUGGUAAAGUUGUAGUACUGAUUCAACCAUAUUGGAAACUAAUUUAGAACCAUACUCAAGGGGCUAUAAAACUAUGUCUACCCUUUGACCAAGCAAUACCAGUACUAGAUCUAUAUCCCAAAGAGAUAAAAAGCAAAAUGGAAAGGAACUUAUACAUACAAAUAUUUUAUAGUUUCUUUUUUAGUGGUGGUAAAGAUUUGAAACUGAGGGAAGGUUCAUCAAUUGGGGGUGGCUAAACAAGUUGUGUAUAAUUGUGAUGGAAUAUUAUUGUGCUACACUUCAGAUUGGAUGACAGGGAAAAAUGAUUUUGAAUAUUGGAUGGAAUGUGGAAAAAGUGGUACACUAAUACAUUGUUGAUGGAAUUAUGAAGUGAUCUAACCAUUCUGGAGAGCAAUUUGGAACUAUACUCAAAGGGCUAUCAAACUACAUACCCUUUGAUCUAGCAGUGUCAAUACUGGACCUGGAUUCUAAAGAGAUCAUAAAAAAGGGAAAAGAACCCACAUGUGCAAAAAUGUUUACAGCAGGCCCUUUUGAGUGGAAAGGAACUGGAAACUUAGUGAAUGCCCAUCAGUUGGAGAAUAAUUGAAUAAGUUACAGUGUAUGAAUGUUAUGGAACAUCAUUAUUCUAUAAGAAACAAUCAUCAGAAUGAUUUCAGAAAGACCUGGAGAGACUUACAUGAAUUGAUGCUAAGUGAAGUGAAUAGAAGCAGAAGAACAUCAGACACAGCAACAGCAGCAUUACACGAUGAUCAAUUCUGAUGGAUGUGGCUCUUUUCAAUAGCAAAGUGAUUCAGGCCAGUUUCAAUGAUCUUGUGAUGAAGAGAACCAUCUGCACCUAGAGAGACUGUGGGGACUGAGUGUGGAUCACAACAUAGUAUUUUAACUUUUUUGUUGUUAUUUGUAUGCAUUUUAUUUUCUUUAUCCGUUUUUUCCUCCUUGAUCUGAUUUUUCUUGUGCAGCAUGAUAAUUGUGGAAAUAUGUAUAGAAGAAUUGCACAUGUUUAACAUGUUUGGAUUACUUGCCACGUAGGAGAAGGGUUGAGGAUAAAGGAGAAAAAAAUUUGGAACACAAGGUUUUGCAAGGGUGGAUGUUGAAAUUUAUCUGGACAUUUGUUUUGAAAAUAAAAAAGCAUUAAUAAAAAAGGGGUGGAAAAGAAAUGUAGAGCAAGGGGUAGUGGAUACAACAGUGGCCCUCAAAUCAGGAGGACAUGAAUUCAAAUACACCCUCAGACGCUUAACCCCAAUUGCCUCAACAACAACAAACAAAAAGAAAUGUUGGGUAGGAUGUUCUCAGGAAACAUGGAAAGACUUAGUUGAACUGAUAUAAAAUUAAAGGAAAAAUAAUCCACUAUAUAUAGCUAAACUAUUCUUAGUUUUGAUGAUCUAAGACAAUUAUAGGAUUUAUGAUGAAAGGUGUUGCUCAUCCCUAGAGAAAGAACUGAUAGAGCCUGAAUAUUGAUUAAAUAUUCUUUUAAAAAAAAUUUACUUUUCUUCAUUAUAUUUUGUCUGUGUUUUAUUUCACAGAAUGUCUGACCUGUAACUAUGACAACAUGAUUAUACAGGCAUAACCUAUAUCAAAUUGAUUGUCUCUCAAUAAAAAGGAAAGGGGGGAGGGAGGAAAAGAAUUUGGAACUCAAAAUUUGAAAAUAAAAGAAUAUUAGAAUUAUUUUUACAUGUAAUUGGGAAAAAUAAAAUGCUAUAUCUUUUGCAGCAACAAAAUUAACAACAAAUUCUUUAAAACUAUACUAUACCCAUGCAUACAUGUGACCUAUUAAGGCUAAUUGGAUAAUUCCCCACUUUCUUCAUGUUAACCUUUAUGUCUUCCCCCCCUCCCCAGGAUUUAAUUUUCCACUGGGAACAUUAAAUGCUUAUGAAACAAGGAAGGAAGGAAGGAAAGAAGGAAGGAAGGAAGGAAGGAAGGAAGGAAGGAAGGAAGGAAGGAAGGAAGGAAGGAAGGAAGGAAGGAAGGAAGGGAAGAAGGUAGGAAGGAAAGAAGGAAAAGAGAGAAGAAGGAAGGAAAGAAGGAAAAAAAGAAGAGAAGAAGAGAGGAAAGGAGGGAGGGAGGGAGAGAGGAAGGAAGGAAGGAAGAUAAAAUUUUUUAAAGUUAAUCAGAAACUAAAUAAUCUAAUUCUAAAUAAAUGGGUCAAAGGACAUAGCAUAAAAACAAUCGAUAAUUUAUUAAAAAUAACGAAAGCACAACAUACCAACAUUUGUGGGAUGCAGCCAAAUCAGUACUUAGGAAAAGACAUUUAUGUAAAUGUUUAAAUCGAUAAAAGAAAGAGCAUAUCAAUGAAAUGGGCAUUUAAAAACCAAAAUAUAAAUUAAAAAUACUGAGUCAAACACCAAAAUAGGUAUUCUGAAAAUCAAUAAAAAAAUUAAUUAAUUUGAAAUGUUUUUAAAAAGCCAAUGUGUUACUACAUAGAUCAAUGACUAAGUUUUUUUUUAAAGAAAACUAGAACCAAAUUACAAAUAUCAAAAAUUAUAAAGAUAAUUAGUGAAGAUGAAAUUAAAGCCUUUAUUAGGAGCCAUUUCCCCAAUUCCUUGUUAUUUUUAUUGUUGUUUCAGUUGUUUUUCUUUAUACCCCAGGGUUUUCUGGGCAAAGAUAUUGGAAUGAUUUGUCAUUUCCUUUUCUAGUUCAUUUUUACAGAUGAGCAACUGAGGUAUAUAAUGAUAAGUGACUUGCUCAAAGUCACAUAGUUAAGUGUCAGAGACCAGAUUUGAACUCAGGAAAAUAACAGGCCCAGUACUCUAUCCAUUGCAUCACCUAGCUGCCCUGUUUUGUACAACUACUUGCCAAUAAAAUUGACAUUUUGAAUUAAAUUGAUAUAUUUACAAAAAUAAAAUUGGUCAGAUUAGCAGAAGAGAAGAUUAAAAAAUUAAAUGACUCUAUCUCAGAAAAAGAAAUUAAGUCAUAAGUGAGGUCCCGAAGGGAAAAAAAUCCCAACACCAGAUGGAUUUACAAGCAAAUUCUACAAAACAUUAAAGAACAAUUAAUUCCAAUAUUCUAUAAACUGUUUGAAAAAUAAGUAAAGGGAGGGGGAGUCCUACCAAAUUUCUUCUAUGACACAAAUAUAGUUUUGAUAGUUUGAAACUGGGGAGAGCAAAAACAGGAAAAAACAAUUGUAUAACCAUUUCCUUAAUUAAUAAUGAUAAAAACAUUUUUGAAUGAAGUCCUAGCAAGGGGAUUAAAGCACUCACACUAUGUUCAGGCUCUGUUUAUACCAGUAAAGCACAACUGGAGUAUUAUUAGGAAAACUAUAGGUAAAGUUGAUCAUAAAAAUAAUAAAAACAAUGAAAAUCAUAUAAUUAUAUCAGUAGAUGCAAAAUUUAACAAAAUAAACUAUCCAAUCUUCUUUAAAAAACAUGAAUAAAGUUUUUUCUUUAAAUUUCCAAUAAUAUCUACUUAAAAUCAAUCACAAUUAGUUAUAGUGGCUUAAACAUCAAGCUUUUUCAGUAAGAUCGGAGAUAAAACAAGGAUUUCAAAUCUAUUAUUCAAUAUUGUAUUAGAAAUGUUAACUAUAGCAAUAAAGAAAAAAUAUUGAAAAUAUAAGGGCAACAAAGAAAUUAAAUUCUCACUCUUUGCAGACAAUAGUAUAUUUACAGAAUGUUAAAAAAAAUCCUCUAAAAUACUAAUUCAAACAAUAGCUUUAGUAAAUUUUCAGAAUAUAAAAUAAACUCACAUAAAUCAUCAGCAUUUCUAUAUAUUCCCAACAAAACCUAGCAGGAAGAGAAAGUAGAAGAAAUUCCAUUUAAAAUAACUUAUAGACAGUAUAAAAUAGUCAAUAGUUUAUCUGCCAAGACAAAUCCUGGAACCAUAUGAACACAAUUACAAAAUAUUUUUCACAUGAAGUUAGAUCUAAACAACUGGAGAAAUAUCAAUUGAUGAUGGGUAGACUGAGCCAUUAUUUUAAAACGACAGUUCUACCCAAAUUAAACUACCAGAGAAUUAUUUUUUUAGAAUUGGAAGAAAAAUAAAAACAAAAGUUAUCUUGGGAACCAAUAAUAUCAAGGGAAUCCCCCCAAAAGUGAAGGAAGGUGAAUAGCAAUACCAGAUUUCAACUUGUAUUACAAAGUGGGAAUCAUGAAGACAAUUUAGUACUGGCUAAGAAUUAGAGUAAUGGAUUAAUGGAAUAGAUCAGGUACACAAUACAUAGUACUAAAUGACAAUAGUUAUCUAAUGUUCAGACCCAAAAAUCUAAGAAUUUGGGGCAGGAACUCAAUAUUUGACAAAAAUUGCCAAGAAAAUUGAAAAGCAGUUUGGCAGAAAUGAGGCAUAGACCAAUUAUCUCACAAUAUUUAUCAAGGUCAAAAGGGAAUAAAUGGUUUAGACAUAAAGGGUAAUAUCAUAACUAGAUUAGGAGAGCAUAAAAUAGAUCUAUGGAUAAGGGAGUCAUUUAUGACAAAAUAAGAUAGAGGAUCAAAAGUAAUAAAAUGGAUAUUUUUAUGAAUAUAAAUUAAAAAGGAUUUGCACAAAGAAAAGGGAUGGAAGAGAAAGAAGAAAAGAAGAAAACAAAGUUUCUCUGAUAAAAACUUAAUUCCUCAAAAAUAGAGAGAAUUGUGCAAAAUUUAUAAAAAUAAUAGUCAUUCUUCAAUUGAUAGUCAAGGAACAUAAGCCACAAUUUUCAGAAGAAGAAAUUAAAGCUCUCUGUAUUCAUAUGAUGGACAGGUAGAUGGUUCAGUAGAUAAAGCACCAGGCCUGAAAUCAACCAGGAAGACCUGAGCUCAAAUGUGAAUUCAGACACUUACUAGCUAUGUGAUAUUGGGCAAUUCAUUUAACCCUCUUUGCAUCAGUUUCCUCAUUUGUAAAAAAAAAAAAAAAAAAAGACUGGAGAAGGAAAUGGCAAACCAUUCCAUUAUCCUAAAUCAUAAAAUUCCAGCAGCAAGACAAAAGUCAGAACAUUUGCAGUGGAUGACCUUAGGUUCUCCAAUGUCUGACCAAAUUCUAAGCACUCCAGAAUGCUUACUUCAGUGUCUUCAUGGUUGUUAGAACAAUUUGUUCUCAUCUACCAGGGGAAGUGCUUGGAAUAGACAUCUCAAUAAAUCACUGAUGGCUUUAAGGUCCAUUGGUUAUUCUCAGCCUGGUUUAGUUCUUCUGCCAAGAUGGUUUUAUUGGGGUAUGACCAUUAUGUAUUUUUCAGCUUUCUGGAGCCACAGGUGAGAGUUGGGUGCCAGGUAGACACCAAAUGUAGAUGAGCAGCCUUGAAUAUUUGGCAAGCUCUCACACUAGUGAUGCUAGUCCUUCUUGAACAUCUCCUACACUCCAUAAAACUAUUGUAGAUUCCUUGGCAGCUGCAUUAGGUAAUCUAUUGAAGACUGUUUCUGUUCUAAGAUAUGCAAUUUUAGAUUUUCUCAUUAUCCACAUUUCAUAGAUGAAAGUCUAUCAUUACUUCAUUCUUGAGUGUGACCUUUUCUCUUCAGUUUCACUGCCAUAAAUUUAUUCAGAGUUCUUGUCAACACAUACCAGAUCCUUAUGAUUUCAUCCUUAGAUUACUGUAAUAGCCUUUUUCCUGGUUUCCUUUCCUCUAAUCUCCUCCAAACCACAGUGCACACCCUUGCUGCACCAAUUUUCCUAAAACAACUACUUUCAUCAAGGUACUCCCCUUGAUUAUCAUCAACAUUAGCUACAUUUGCAUUCUUUGUACAUGUGACAUUCUUGACUUGGCUUCCCUAUUUUCCGUAGGGAAGGGCUAGCUACUAUCUCUUAAAUAUUCUCAUUUGCUUUUAAUGUUUAAUGAAUAGAUGAAGGAAGAGGCUAUUAAUCAUAUUAAGUUUUGUGAAUGAACAUAGGAACAAAAUACCAGAGUAUUCCAUGGAAAAGAAUGAAUUACCAAUUAGUCUUUCUGGUCUCUCCUAAACAUACAGAAAUCAUCUUCAUUAGGAUUAUCUACCAUGAUCAACAUAUGCAAGCAUACCACAAAGCUGCUUCUCAAGAAUCUUAUACUCAGUUGUGGGGAGGAGAAGAAAUCUAAAUAAAAUGAUUGAAGAUAGUGGGAAGAGAGGAAAUAACAUGGCAGAAAGAAGACAGCUAUUUGCAGAAAUGAGAGCCCAAGAUUUGGAUCGCAUCCGGUUAUCUACCUACAGAACAGCGUGCAAGCUUAGAUUUGUUCAGAAGAAAUGCAAUUUACAUCUGGUGGACAUUUGGAAUGUCAUAGAAGCCCUGAGGGAAAAUGCCCUGAACAACCUGGACCCAAAUAUAGAACUAAAUGUAGCUCGCCUGGAGGCUGUGCUUUCAACCAUUUUUUACCAGCUCAACAAAAGGAUGCCAACCACUCACCAGAUCCAUGUGGAACAGUCUAUCAGCUUACUGCUCAACUUCCUGCUUGCAGCCUUUGAUCCGGAAGGCCAUGGUAAAAUUUCAGUAUUUGCUGUCAAAAUGGCCUUAGCCACCCUAUGUGGAGGAAAGAUCAUGGACAAAUUAAGAUAUAUUUUCUCAAUGAUUUCUGAUUCCAGUGGAGUAAUGGUAUAUGGGCGAUAUGACCUAUUUCUACGGGAAGUCCUCAAACUUCCCACUGCGGUGUUUGAAGGUCCCUCAUUUGGUUAUACAGAACAGUCUGCCCGAUCCUGUUUCUCCCAGCAGAAAAAAGUAACUUUGAAUGCUUUCUUGGACACACUCAUGUCUGAUCCCCCACCUCAGUGUUUGGUCUGGUUACCACUUCUCCAUCGAUUGGCAAAUGUAGAAAAUGUCUUCCACCCUGUUGAGUGUUCCUAUUGCCAUAGUGAAAGCAUGAUGGGAUUUCGCUAUCGAUGCCAGCAGUGUCACAAUUACCAGCUCUGUCAGGACUGCUUCUGGAGGGGCCAUGCCAGUGGUUCCCAUAGCAACCAGCAUCAAAUGAAAGAGUACACGUCAUGGAAGUCACCUGCUAAGAAGUUAACAAAUGCACUAAGCAAGUCUCUGAGUUGUGCUUCCAGUCGUGAACCUUUGCAUCCCAUGUUUCCUGAUCAGCCUGAAAAACCAUUAAACUUGGCUCAUAUCGUGCCUCCCAGACCUGUAACCAGCAUGAAUGACACACUCUUCUCCCACUCUGUUCCCUCCUCAGGAAGUCCUUUCAUUACCAGAAGGUUACUUGAGGGUGUGAAUGCAGCCAGUCCUGUGGCUGAUGAGCAUUCUCUCAUAAAGCAGUAUGUAAAUCAGCUUCACAGCAACUCACGGUUACACUACAGCCUGGAUGUUGCAGACAGGCUAGCUGAUGAACAUGUUCUCAUCGGGUUGUAUGUCAACAUGCUUCAGAGCAACCCCUCACGCAUGCUUGACAGCCCAAACCGUCUCGAUGAGGAACACAGAUUGAUUGCCAGAUAUGCAGCAAGACUGGCAGCAGAGACAUCCUCAUCUCAGCCUAGUCAGCAAAGGGGUGCUUCUGAUAUCUCUUUCACCAUUGAUGCAAAUAAACAACAAAGGCAGCUGAUUGCAGAACUUGAAAACAAGAACAGAGAAAUCUUACAGGAGAUCCAGAGGCUACGACUGGAGCAUGAACAGGCUUCCCAGCCUACCCCAGAGAAGGCCCAACAGAAUCCUACUCUCCUAGCAGAGCUCCGUCUUCUCAGACAACGCAAGGAUGAGCUAGAACAGAGGAUGUCCGCUCUUCAGGAGAGCCGGAGAGAGCUGAUGGUCCAGUUAGAAGGUCUCAUGAAGCUACUAAAGGAAGAAGAACUGAAACAGGGAACACAAGGGGCAGGAUCUCCACGUUCUUCUCCAAGCCACACUAUAAGCAGGCCUAUUCCUAUGCCCAUCAGAUCAGCCUCUGCCUGCUCCACCCCAACUCAUACACCUCAGGACUCUCUGACAGGGGUAGGAGGAGAUGUACAAGAAGCCUUUGCACAGAGUACAAGGAGAAACUUAAGGAAUGACUUGCUUGUGGCUGCAGACUCCAUCACUAAUACCAUGUCCUCUCUGGUGAAGGAGCUAAAUUCAGAGGUAGGGAGUGAGACUGAGAGUAAUGUGGAUUCUGAAUUUGGGCGGACCCAAUUUGAUGACCUAGUUCCAUCACCUACUUCUGAAAAGGCUUUCCUUGCACAAAUCCAUGCCAGAAAACCUGGUUAUCUUCACAGUGGAGCCGCCACUGGGACCAUGCGCAGUGAUAUGGUUACAGAAGAUGGGGACCCCUAUGUGAGAACUGAAGAUGAAAAUUAUGAAAAUGACUCUGUCCGUCAGUUGGAAAAUGAGCUCAAGAUGGAAGAAUACCUGAAACAGAAAUUACAAGACGAAGCCUACCAGGCAAGUUACAGUCAGACAGAUGAUGAAAGUUAUGUGAAAACAGAUGAUGAUGGGAGCUGUAUCCAAUCAGAGGAAGAAGAAAACAUCCUGGCCACCAAUGUCGCUGAAGAAUGGAGUCAGCAUGUAGAACAGCUCCUGACAUGAAACCCCAACCCCUGACAUUGUCUGCCUGCUGAAUGUAGCACUGCUAAUCUUUGUUAUAAGAAUUGUAGUUUGUAGGUGUGUGUUUUGAGAAAAAAAAAAGACUUUUGUUUAAAGUUAACUUAAUCAGCUGCAUCUUCUGUCAUAUGGCUCAUCCCUGAUGACAAACCCAGGCUAAACACAGCGCUGCUGUCACAAGCAAUGGCAGUAUUAACAAAACAUUUUAAAACUUUGCACAUGAUGUUGAACCUGUUCAGUUUACAAUGAUGAUAUUAAUACUGUUUAUAGCUAGGAGUUUGAUUUCUGAGUACUUUGAGAUUUUAGUAGAACAAUUUACUAUAACUGUACACUUUUUUUUUUCCCACAAGCAAUUGUAAAAAACAACCUCUUGCAGUUAUUCAUUAGCCCCAAAGGAUUCUGUUCCUGGCUGCAGUGUCUGCUUGGAAUUCAUAAGCCAAGCAAGUGAUGUGGUCUAUAGCUUGAUUGCAAGUUUCUGUUUAACAAGAAAAAGAGAACGAAAGGGAGGAAGGAAGGAAAGAAGGAAGGAAGGAAGGAAGGAAGGAAGGAAGGAAGGAAGGAAGGAAGGAAGGAAGGAAGGAAGGAAGGAAAGAAAGAAAGAAAGAAAGAAA